AUGACAGAUAAUUUUAUAAAUGAAGAUUUUCUAUGUUCAUAUGUGAGUAGCAAACCAACAGUUGAAUCACUUUCAGUGAUAACAGAUAACGAACCAGACCAGUUUUAUGAUAUGUUAACAGAAUAUAAUGGUACAUCCUAUCUAAUGGAUUCAUUUACAUUUGAUGUGGAUAGUAUAAUCGAAGAUAAUUUAUCUCAUCUAAGUUUUAAUGGACCAUCCAAUCAAACAGAAGUUCAAGUACCAAUGUCACCACAUUCAUAUAGUUUUAGAGAUCUUUUACCAAAGACUUGUAAGAAUUGCCCCUUUUAUAUUCCCAAUAAUGUCCCUUUCCCUUAUUGUAGUGUUUCAUGUCUAAGGACAGAUAUGUCUAAAAAUAAUAAUAAAUAA